AUGCAGGCCUCCAGCUCCUUCAGCUACGCGCGCCCCAAGCAGUUCAUCGCCGCCCAGAGCCUGAGCCCCAGCGCGCCCCGGUCCCCGGCGCCCGCGUCCCCGCCGACCUCUGAGCCCGAGUGGGGCGCGCUCCCGCCGCCACCCCCGCCGCUCAGCCCUCCGGCGCUCGCCGCAGGGCCCGACUUCUUCCCGCCGCCGCCGCCUCCACCUCCGCCUGGCCCGGGUCCCUCGCCCCGCGCUGCCCGCCCAGGCCCCGCGCCUGCAGCGCUGCUCCGAGCCCUGCUGCCCUCGCAACCAGCCACCGCCAGCACCGUCUCCACCGGGGUCUCCGCCCUCGGCCUGCCGCGUGCUGCCCCCGCUGCGGGGCUUCCCAAGAAGGCCAGCAGACCUGCUAGGAUGGCCUCCGACGAGGAGAUCCAGGGCUCCAAGGACGCCGUCAUCCAGGACCUGGAGCGCAAGCUGCGCUUCAAGGAGGACCUGCUGAACAACGGACAGCCGAGGUUGACCUACGAAGAAAGGAUGGCUCGGAGGCUCCUGGGUGCCGACAGCGCAACUGUCUUCAACGUCCAGGAGCCAGAGGAGGAGGCAGCCAACCAGGACCCCUGGCCAUCUCGUGCUUCUGUAGAGAGUCCUCUGGACGGUCAGAAGGAGUACAAGGUCUCCAGCUGUGAGCAGAGGCUCAUCAGUGAAAUCGAGUACCGGCUGGAGCGGUCCCCCGUGGAGGAGUCAGGGGAUGAGGCACCCUGCGGGGACACGUCUGUGGAGAGCGGAGUGGCCCCCUUCUUUGAGGUGAAGCUGAAGCAUUACAAGAUCUUUGAGGGUAUGCCUGCGACAUUCACGUGCAGAGUGACCGGCGACCCAAAGCCCAAGAUUUACUGGUUUAAGGAUGGAAAGCAGAUCUCCCCCAAGAACGAUCACUACAGCAUCCGCAGCGACCCCAGCGGGACCUGCUCCCUGCACACCGCAGCCUCCACGCUGGAGGACGACGGCAAUUACACGGUCAUGGCUGCCAACCCUCAGGGCCGCGUCAGCUGCACGGGACGGCUGAUGGUCCAGGCUGUGAACCAGAGAGGCCGCAGCCCCCGCCCGCCGGCCGGACAUCCUCAUGGCAGAAGGCCUCGCUCGCGGUCCAGGGACAGUGCUGACGAAGGGGAGCCCAUCCAGGAGCGCUUCUUCCGCCCGCACUUCCUGCAGGCUCCCGGGGACCUGACCGUGCAGGAAGGCAAGCUGUGCAGGAUGGACUGCAAGGUCAGUGGGCUGCCCACGCCCGACCUCACCUGGCUGCUGGACGGCAAGCCAGUGCGCCAGGACAGCACCCACAGGAUGCUGGUGCGGGAGAACGGCGUGCACUCCCUCGUCAUCGAGCCGGUCUCGGCCCGGGACGCCGGCAUCUACACGUGCGUGGCCACCAACCGGGCGGGGCAGAACUCCUUCGUCCUGGAGCUCGUGGUCGCAGCUAAGGAAGCGCACAAGCCUCCGGUCUUUCUGGAGAAGCUGCAGAACACGGGCGUGGCGGACGGCUACCCCGUGCGCUUGGAGUGCCGGGUCUCGGGGGCACCCCCACCACAGAUAUUCUGGAAGAAGGAGAACGAGUCUCUGACCCACAGCACGGACCGCGUGAGCAUGCACCAGGACCACCACGGCUACGUGUGCCUGCUCAUCCAGGGCGCCACGAAGGACGACGCGGGCUGGUACACAGUGUCGGCCAAGAACGAGGCCGGGAUCGUGUCCUGCACGGCCCGACUCGACGUGUACACCCAGUGGCAGCAGCCGCCGCCGAGCGCCAAGCCGAAGCGGGUGCGGCCGUCGGCCAGCCGCUACGCCGCGCUCUCCGACCAGGGCCUGGACAUCCGAGCAGCGUUCCAGCCCGAGGCCGGCCCGUCCUCGCUGGCACUGAGCCCCGGCCUGGUGGAGAGCGAGGACCUGUGACCGGCGCCCUCGCGGGAGCACAGACCCACACCACGCUGCCCAGACCCGCCUCCUGCCGCGGGACGCAAGUGCACCUCGACUCCGAGAGACAAAAGGGCACCUCAACUCUGCUUUUCUUCCCGUAAACCAAACCAGAGGCUGCGCACACAAUGCCAGUAGAUGCACACCUUGCACAGAAUUCACACUCACCAGCCAAUUCAGACUCCAGAAAUUGCUGUGAUUCAAGGGGUCUGAAAUGCCAAAGCCCUCACGGAAAAGUGACCCCGCUCCGUGUUGUCCCAAGUGCCUUCAACACUGGUGCAGCGCUGCCACCCCGCGUGAGCAGGGGGCUUCCCGGAGGCAGCCCCACAGCAGGAGGGCAUGGCUGGGCAGUGUGUUCCCGCCACCGGUGACCCCGUGCGGGCAGCAGGAGGGCACGGCCAAGAAAUCCACGCAAGUGCCUUGUCUGUGCAAACCAUUUUCUACUAAGUCGUACGAAGGAACCGCUUGCCUGCAGUUCUGGCAACAUCCUGAGUUUCUCUCAAGGUUAAAACCUUCGUUGUUAGCUUUUUCUUUAUGCGUAUUUUCCUUUUGCGUUGCCUUGGUAGGGAGCUUACAUACUGAAACGCGUAACGUACUCUGAGGAAAGCAGAAACAGACCACAGACCAUUCCACGGAGGGCGUCAACCACCCAAGUGACCACGGCAGGCGGGGUGUGUCGGGGGUGAGGGUCCAGGGAGGAGCGGAGGGGAGGGGGGAGAGAUACACGGUGCAUGGUGACGGUGUCCACGCAGGUGGCAGGGGGCGGGAGCCAGUGGAGGCCAGGCUUCCCUUGGUUCUCUUCAAAUUCCAUCUACGACGCUGCGUUCCUGAGUCAAGAAGCUGGGGUUCCAGCGGUGGGGGCCCUGGGGACACUGCAGGGUCAGAGCUGGAGGUGGGAUGCACAGAGCAAGUUGGUAAUGGGCUGAGCAGCGAGGUCGUCAUGGGUCGGAGGCAGCCUGUGGGCACUGGUCUGCUGGGGGUAUGGGACUGAGCCAGAGGAGGUGGGCACCAGGGUGCGUGUCCUCCACGGCGCCCGCACGGCGGGUGGGAGCCUAAUUUCUCCUCCCUGCGGCCAUGAGGCCGCUGACUGAAGAAGGUGCUGGGCUCCCAGUCAUCCCAAGGCCAUCUCCGGUGCCCCUGACUCUGGCCAGCUGGACGGAGUGAAUUCUGACCAGGCUUGACGGUUUUAAGUUGGAAUCAGUCAACUUUAAACAUGAGAAAAUGGGGCCUGCUAUGAUAUGAUAAUGGUACUUUGCUAUGAAGAGAACACACUGUAUUCCUUAUGCAAAACACAUUUAUCUCUCAUUAUUUAUGAUAAAGAUGGCAAACUCUCUUAGCUCAGUUACUCGAUAUGUAGUGUUUUUUAAUGAUUUUGUACCUGUGUGCCACCCCGUGUAGCCCACUUCACUGCUUCACAUGCACAGCUCUCCACGUCCUUCUCGACACACCAAGCAAGCUCUGCGUACCCAGUGUGAGCGCUGGUGCCUGCAGACUGGCACGCGAGGCUCUCCUGGACCUCUCUGUCUUGCAGAAUUAUGACUGAUGUCUUCUCGUACUUGCCAAAUUUUCCCGAAUGUGACAUUUUGCUAAUUUGCUGGGUUUGGGAUUAAGCAGCGUUAUUUUGCCACCUUUCAUAUAUUUAUAAAAACAAUAAGUACUAUCUUACUACUUUGGAUUGUUGUGCUGGUGUAAUGUGGAUUUAACAACAAUAAAUAUUUAACAAAUAAGAGCUGCA